AUGGAGAUUUUCCGUCCGAAUUGCAGCGCGGCUGUCCGCCACCAGGUCCGUCUGGAGGUUAUUCUGGCUUUGGUGCCAGCUUUGUGCACCCUCUCAGUUAUUCUCGCUGCUGUCGCCGGCGAGUUGAAGAAUUCCAACUACACUGCCGUGUUGCUUCUGCACGCUGUCCUUAUGCCUGUCGUGAUUGGCAUCGGUGUGUGGAUGAAGCUUAACAACUCUCUCCAUUCUCUCGCUCACUAUCUUGAAGACGCGGGACGCAGCAAUGACCUGUUGGUGGCAUGUUCGUGGGCGCCGCUGCUGCUGUACUUGGUCCCGAUGCUCUUCAUCGGGGAUGCGAGCGGGCUGACAGACACAUACAUGACUGUCAUUGGCUACUUCUUAUUGUACGUGCCAGUGCUGGAUACGCCAUACUACUCGCUUGUCAGCUACGCUGCAUACUCCUGUCUAGCUUGCAUCAGAAUCCUGCAGCUGAGACCCUUGGAAGGAGUUCCCGUGUCCAGGUUCUUCAUGCGUACGGUGCUUCUUGGCAUCUUCGGCAAGCUGGCACUGCGAAUGAGGCUCUGGCAUCUCAGCAAAAGUCGCACGGCUUUGACGCCACAGACUCUACAGAAUGCCGCCGCCGAGCCUUUGGCGUGUGGCGAGUCGAGCAUGGUUGCGAGCCGGGAGCCCUACAACCCGAUGCACGCGAACCUCCGACGUCGUCCUCUCCAAGUUUGCCCUGUGUCGGACACCUUGAAGGGCAGCAGAGCGGCUAGCAUCCACCUCAACAUCCUGAGGCGUAGGCGGCAGGACCAGGAGCUGCUGAUUGGGCAAUUUCUUUGGGCCGUUCACUUCUUCCGGGCGAGUACAGUUGCUCCAGACAGCUUGGCGCGCAUCCUGUCUUUCGUGGACUGCGCGAGGCGAGCCAGCAAAGCAGUUCAAUAUGAUACACCCAUCCAUCCCUGCAUCCAUGCAUCUAUCCAUCCAUAG